GGCACCUUGUCAUGUGACUAGCUGGGUCUCGCUUGCACACCAGCCCACACAAAAUAUUUUGGUGCGUAAUUUGAACUUGUCUUGACAACUCCUCGCAACUUCACUAACCAGCAGACAACACACCGCCGGACAAGAUGAAGUUCCUCAAGGUCGGCCGAGUCGCCAUCAUCACCCGCGGCAGAUACGCCGGAAAGAAGGUUGUCAUCAUCCAGCCCGUUGACAACGGCAACAAGCCUCACCCUUUCGGCCACGCCCUGGUUGCCGGCAUUGAGCGAUACCCCUCCAAGAUCACCCGCCGCAUGUCCAAGACCCGCCAGGAGAAGCGAAACAAGAUCAAGCCUUUCAUCAAGGUCAUCAACUACAACCACUUGAUGCCCACUCGCUACACCCUGGAGCUCGAGGGCCUCAAGGGCGCCGUCUCUAACGACACCUUCAAGGAGGUUUCCCAGCGCGAGGAUGCCAAGAAGACUGUCAAGAAGGUGCUCGAGGAGCGAUACACCAGCGGCAAGAACCGAUGGUUCUUCACCCCUCUCAAGUUUUAAAAAAGGAAUCGUUUCUCCAUCACGGUUAGGGAGUUGGCGGGAUGUACAGAGCAUCGAUGGCAUUAAGGAACGCCGGUUUUUAUGGGCUCAAUAUGAAGUUUCUUAAAUCACAACCAGAUCUCUACUUGCCGCGUGAUUGUAGCGUCAAUAUACAACGCGGAUCGGACGGACGUGUUGUCCCGACCGAAGGAUACCACUGGCGGAGUUCAAUGAAUUGGUGCCAUCAAUGAGGUGUUGAAUAGACCUUGAGGACUUUUCUUGACGGUUGAAUGUCUACGAGGUUUACGAAAUCCAUAACAUGAAUCAAAAUUUACCGUCAAAACGUA